CUUGGACUUACAGUUGAACGCUUUCACCGUCCAGACGGCGACAGGUGCGCUCCUCUCUAAACAUAAAGAGACUAAAUCGCUGAUGUAAUGCAGAAAACCGAGAUGGAAAUUGACCACUAGAAAAGUAUACGAAACUUUGUCCGGGCAGAGGUCAAAAGCCGUUGUCCAAUCAGCUGCUUCAUGUGAAACCUAUUUGGAGACACUGUGAGCUGCCCAGGAGGACAAUCAUGAAGAGGAACAAGCAGAUAGACAUCAAGCGCGCCCUCGCUCUGGCCAGCACCUUUACCUUCCUGUGCUCCUGUGCCAAAGCAUGCCUGCUCCCCUUCCUCACCCUGUGCUUCAAACAGCUGGGCCUGACUCCUGCGAUGACCGGCGUCGUCAUGGGCACCAAGCACCUCAUAUCGCUGGUGUGGUGCCCCGCGAUGAGCCUGCUCUCCAAGCACUACAACAAGAGGCGAGCGGUGAUAAACGGCUCUCUGGUGUGUUCAGCAGCAGUCGCCCUGGUUCUGCUUUUUAUCCCCCCGACAGAUGUGCACACACAGGACAGCACCUGCAACAUGUCUGAGCAGAGUAGCAGUCCGACUCAAAGUGUGGCCGAUCACCUGCUCACGAGUAGCGUUGGACCCACGACAUCAUCGACUGGAAUUCACCCAAAAAUCAACACAGGUGCUGUUUCUCAGUCUGGUGUCACUUUUCCUGCAAAGACACUUGGUGAUACUGAAUCUGCUCCUGUUAUGACAAGCAAGCAUGAUAAGGAAAAACCUCAUCCUCAGUUGUCAGAAAAGAAUCUAUCUGUGGUUGUCGACAGCAGUCCUAGAGAGCCAAAGAUCAGCAGCUCCGUCGUGUUUCAUACCACCAGCCCUCUGGCAGCUUUACAGAGGAAUAAGCGGUCCAAUAUCAAAUCAGGUUCAAAGGAACAACCAAAGCAGGAGAAAGAGAAUCAUUUUGACUUAAUGAGCAGCUUGAAGGUGAUAUACAUCGAACACAAACUCUUCUUCUUGAUACUCAUCACCGUGUCCGUGUGGGAGUUAGCAUCAGCCCCUCUAGAGUGGACGGCAGACGACGGCCUGUAUGAAUAUCUAGAUUUUGCGGAUGCCUCGGACCGCUACAGCAGCACCAGGGUUUGGGGUUUACUGGGAGCAGCAUGUGGGGUCACAGGAGUGGGGUCGCUGGUUAGCCAGUUAAGCUGUCUCAUCAUAGCAGGUCAGAUACCCAGAAGCGCCAUGCAUGUCUUCUGCUACGCUGGUCUGGCAGCUGUGGCCCUGCCGGUGGCGACCUUCCUGCCUCUCCACCUGAACAAGAAGCGAGACAAGGCCAACGGGCUUCUCAAAGCUGUGCAGCUGGUGCGUGCCUCCCCCCACGCUCUGCUCUGCGCCAUCACCACCCUCCUGGUCGGGAUGGCGGGCUCGGCCGUGGAUAACUUCCUCCUGUGGCAGAUGCAGGGUUGUGGGAGCAGUGAGCUGCACAUGGGGAUGUCUCUAGGCCUUGCGCUGCUCUCACAAGCCGCCUUCCCUCUUCUGGUAGGCCGAGUGUCCAAGCUCCUCAGCCCAGGACGGGUGCUCGCAGUGGGGGCUGCAUGUCUGGGGUUGCAGUGCUUCUAUUACUCCUUCCUGUGGGCACCGUGGGCUGCACUGCCUGCUCAGUUGUUGAGCUGUUUCAGCAGCGGAGCCCUCUGGUGGGCUGUGAAGGUCCAGUGCGACAAUGUUGCCACGCCGGGGGCUGAGAGGAGUGUGAGGAGGGUCUACAGUACACUCUCUCUAGAGCUGGGACGCGGUCUGGGGAGCUUUGCUGGAGGAUUCGUGGUCCAGAGGUUUGGGCUGAAGUGGCUGUUCAGAGGAGUCGCAGUGGGUCUAAUGGUGUGGUGCGUGUGCCUGCCUCUGCUCCAGUGGAAAGCUCCUCGCCAGCGCAGGAUUAACUAUUCUCGCCUUUUGGCAGCUGAUGUAAGUGAAGCCAGCGACUCUGAGUCUGAACAGGAGAGAGACUGGCUGGAUAAAGCAAUGGAAGAUGACAAAAGCAAUAACAACUAUGGACGGAGGAUAAACCACUGAACUCCACAGUGUUUCAGCAUGAAAUGAUGCAUUAAAGCAUUUACUACAGCUGAUGGAGGGAAUUUAACUUCAUAGAAUAAUUUCUAUCAAUGUGGACACAGGAAUUAUUUUCCCCAGAAGGUUUGCACUCUCACUUAUAGACAUGUCACUCUUUAUAAAAGCGGGAUAAUCGAUUUCCCACUCUGAUAGGGGCAUGCUGACUUUUAACUCUCAUUACUACAACUUUUGCAUCAGAAUUAAAUGUUGUGGCAUCCCAUCUGUCUUAGUGUUUUAUCAGCCUGCAAGUGUCAGCCUCACUGAUGGAUUUGGGGAUUCGUCUCCGAGCCUCCUGAGUCCUUACAAAUUAACAUUUGCAUAAGCAGUCACUCUUCAUAAAGCAAACAAGGGAACAGGAUUAUGGGUGGGCAAAAGGAGGACUCGGUACCACCAGGCAAGUUCAACAGCUUAUGCAUGAUAACAAUAGGAACGCUGAAUCCUCUCACAGGGAGUGUAAAUACAAGACGUAUGCACAAGGUGAGGCUAAACCGCGCUGGCAUCCUGUUUCACCACACCCACAGUCAGUUUAUCUUUCUCUUAAGUCACCGCUGACUGCUUAUUUUGGAUUCUAAACAGUGUGACCUGAUAAAAUGAUUAACCAGUCUGCCUUCAGUUAUGUGUAUUUAACUGCAGCGCAUUCAAAUUGACCUCUGCAAAAAUGAACUGAGCUGUAAGAUUGUUGUGUUAUGCAGGCAUGUGCAGAUGUACAGUACCAGUCAAAAGUUUGUUGGACACAUCUUCCCAUUCUCUUGAAUGAGAAAACGUUUCUAAACUUUUGACUGGUACUGUAUGCAGAACAUUUAAAGGGCAUCUGUGUUUGCUAAAUCUGUGUCAGAAUAGCUGUGUCUGAUCUGUAUUUGAGUUAGUGCUAAACAUGCCUUGUGUCAAUAGAUUAAUUUGACCUGUUAGGAAACAAGAUAAUGCUUUUCACUCAGUCAUAUGAAGUUAGAAAUGUCAAACCUGUAAUUAUUACUUAAUUAUGCAAAAGAUAUGUAGACAUAAUGUUAUUAAUAUUAUUUUCCUUUGCCCAUAAAGUUUCAGUGUGGUCAAUAUCAGGGUUCACUGAGUUAUUUGGAAAACAGGUCUGUGCAUUUAUGUAAAAUUUGAAGCUGUUGCUGACAUAAAUACUGUGAAGAGUAAACUAAUAUGUUUUUA